ACCCAAACCAAUCUAGAGGAGAAAAACACAAAGAAAAACAUAAGAGAUGACCAUGACCAUCGGCAGGUGAAGAAAGAGAGAUCUCCUGGGCGGACAGAUAAGUGUGAGUCAUUUCGAUAGCAAAUAUCAUCAGGAUGUGGGUACUGACUUCAGAAUUAACCGAAACCCUUCAUUUUUCUGCGAUGUGACCCAGGAAGCCUUUUCCUUGCGAUUCUUUCCGGCGUUCCACUUCCUGACAAUCCUUGAGAUACGGGUGGAGCUCCUCGGCUCGGUACCUGAGUGGCACCGUUCGUGAAAUGGGAUCCACGCGUUCGAACCCUUGCCAAGAUAGGGGGGCAAGUGGUUCCAGCCGCUCUGGAGCUUUAUAUCCUGGUAUUCCCGCGAUCACGUCUUUCACAGCGGAUGUCAUCGCCGCAACUGCGUCGCUAUACAAGCUUGAAUCCGUCAUCAGCAAAGUGAAGAUUCCAUUCCAUCCCUCCUUGAUGGGUAUAUCUAUAUCCCCAAGAAACCUCACAGUAUCCGCCUGCACAGCUUGGCCUGCACAGCUUGGUCGAAUACGGGGUACCAUUUUAUCCUCCAAUCAUCUCUCAGUUCUCUCGAAAAAGCAGUUGGCUCGAACGUGUUCAAAUUGUAGUCGCCUUUUUUGAAUCGUGGCCAACACAAUUCCAUAUCUGGCUGUCUAGAAACCGUGCUCCAUACCAUGUAGUGCAGUUGGGUGACUCCAAGGAAAACCUCAUCUCUGUAAUACAGGAUCUUCAUAUAAUCCUGACCGCAGAAUUGAUGCUCACUUUUCAGUUUUUUGUAUGCGUCAGAGCGUUUUUGGAUCUCUUUUGUGUGAUCGUGGACGUCUUUUGUGUGAUCGUGGACGUCUUUCAUGAGCUGAUUGAGACUGAGCCAUCUAAGUUUCAACUUCUGGUCUUCAGUGGACAAAUUCAAUACUGUGAAACGUUCUGGCAGUCCAUGUUCCU